AUGAUUUACAACCAGAACGAUACCAAGUGGGAGCCUCAGGGUCCUGGCAAAGGCCUCAGCCAUGUCACCCUCUAUCUCAAUCACGGCUCGGGCGCCUAUCGCAUCGUCGGACGCAACGCGCAUGUUCGUUUGGGUCCCCGCCUCUCCCUGUGCACCCUGUCACCACCCGAGCCCCCUAUCUCAAGUCUCACUCACCCGUUGCAUCUGGCGCGGCAAAUACUUUGGCGUGAUAAUCGCCAGAUUGUGCACGGAUUGAAUUUUCGCACCGAAGAAGCCGCAACCUCCUUUGCCGAGGAGGUCGACAAAGCCGUCAAGGUUCAGAGCGUGCCUGCAGCAGCCCCUCCUUCGGCCGCUCCUGCGUCCACUCCCUCAACCACGGAAGGCAGAGCCGCCGGCAGCCGCGCCUCCUUCGGGACCCCCACCUGCGGUGGCGCCACCAUCCGCACCACCGCCAUCCGCAGCCCCAACUGCCGCGCCCCCGAGUACAGCACCACCAAGUGCAGCGCCCCCAAGUGCAGCGCCCCCAAGUGCAGCGCCCCCAAGUGCAGCGCCCCCAAGUGCAGCGCCCCCAAGUGCAGCGCCCCCAAGUGCAGCACCACCAAGUGCAGCACCCCCGAGUGCCCCACCUGCGAGCGCUGCUCCCCCUCCUCUCCCAAGUCAAAGCCUCCCUCCGUUUCUGAUUCGACCGACUUGCAGACCAAGGAGGAGGCGCCUGCCCCAAAGCCCAAGACAAAGACGGGCUCGCGAGCUUCAUUAACGAGCGAGAGCGACUCAACCCCCAUUACACGAGAAGAUCUCAAUCGAUUCAAGAUGGAGAUGCUGGCUGAAGUGCGCGCACAAUUUGACAAGAUGAAAUCGGACAUCCUUCGCGCCCUGCACGUGGAGAUGACGCGCAAUGCGGCCACCGAUGCCUAA